GACACUGAACACCCGGAAGUAAACUUGUACAGGUUGGGUCGCGUCUAUGUGACGUUCAGACAACAACAGAGGUGUGCAGGAGGAGAGCGCUGGGUGAGGAGACCACAGAGGGAACAUGGGGGAGAGAAAAGGAACCAACAAGUAUUACCCUCCGGAUUUUGAUCCCGCCAAACAUGGCUCUCUCAAUCGCUAUCGGAACAGUCACCCGCUGCGGGAACGGGCCCGGAAGCUGUCUCAGGGCAUCCUUAUCAUCAGGUUUGAAAUGCCUUAUAACAUAUGGUGUGAUGGCUGCAAGAAUCACAUUGGAAUGGGUGUGCGAUAUAAUGCAGAGAAGACGAAAGUGGGCAAUUAUUACACAACUCCAAUAUACAGGUUUAAGAUGAAGUGUCAUUUGUGUGUGAAUUACAUUGAGAUGCAGACUGAUCCAGCUUCUUGCGAUUAUGUCAUUGUGAGCGGAGCGCAGAGGAAGGAGGAGCGAUGGGACAUGGGCGAGAACGAGCAAAUCCUAACAACAGAACAUGAACAGAAACAAAAACUGGAGACGGAUUCCAUGUACCGGCUGGAACACGGUGCUGCAGAUAAAGAGAAGCUGAAGAAGGCCAUACCCUCGCUGUUUGAGCUGCAGGAAGCACAGGACGCUUGGAAGGAUGACUUUGCUCUCAACAGUCUUCUGCGCACCAAGUUUAGAGAAGAGAAAAAGCAGAUUCUGGAGGAGGAACAGAAGGACCAGGCGUUCCUGAAGAAAGCCUCCUUGGAUCUGAAGCUCCUUCCAGAGACAGAGGAAGAUAAGAAGAUAGCAUCUCUACUAAAGUACCGCAGCCUGGAGUCAUAUGACAAAAGGCAGCAGAAGAAACGCUCGGAGAUCUCCAGCCGCUCUUGGUUUUCUCGGGGAAGUGACGUGAAGAUCCAGACAACAAAUAACUCCUUAAAGAAUCUCAAGAUCCGACCUAAACCUCCACCCAGCCCCGUACCCAGCCCCGUAGCAUUGGCAUUAUCGCUCGGAGUGGUACGGAGGGAAUCGAAGGAGGGGAAUGAUAAGGAAAAGAUUGUUUCCUCGGCUGAAUGUGAAGAAGAAACGACAGAGGAGAUUGACGGGAAGCAGCGGGAGAGCAAUGAACUAAUAUCGAACCAGAGCGCUGCUUUACAGACUGUCCGUAAUACAGACGCCUCUCCGCCUGAGACACCACCCAAGGACAGACCUUCCAUACAGCCAGCUACUCCCUCCUGCCUUGUACCUGACUACUCUGAUUCCAGCUCGGAGUCAGAGUCAUGAACUGCAUUUAACAAUA